UAAGUCAGUUCUUUCUUAGCAGUUCAUAUAUCAGUGUCUUGAUCCAGGAAUCGGGAUCAGGAUCUGGUUUAGUAGUUGACUCGUGAGCGUGCGUGUGUACUUCUACAGUAAAGGCUUGUUCCGGAACCAGGAAGAGCAGUUUACCACACAGGGAAACCUCUCGGAAGAAAUAAAGAGUGAUAGCAAAAAUGUUUCGAUUUAUUGUGGUGUCAACAUUGCUGGUAGCGGCCAGCGCCCAGUACAAUCAGGGUUACAACCGUGAUCCUAAGACGGCCGCGAUCCUCAGUGAACAGCGUUAUCUUUCCGGGGAUGGCAAGUUUGGUGCCGCCUACGACCAGGAAGAUGGAACGAACUUCAAGGAGGAAACUGACGCCGAUGGCACUCGUCGCGGCUCCUACAGUUACGUUGACCCCUCGGGACAAAGAAGAACUAUCUCCUACAGUGCUGGAAAGAAUGGAUUCCAGGCUUCUGGUGAUCAUUUGCCAGUAGCUCCAGCUGCUCCUCCACAUGCUGCUGCUGCUGAACAGGCCCGGUAUCAGCCUCAGCCUCAGUACCAGCCCCAGGCUCAGUAUCAACCACAGCAGCCUCAGUACCAGCCUCAGUUCUCCAGCUCCGGACGCAGCCUGGACAGCCAGGGUUAUGAUGAUGGUCAGUACGAUCCCCGCUGGAACGACCCAGCCUUCAGCGAACAGCACUCGCCCCGCAAGGCUUCCGCUCCAGCUCCAGCUCCAGUCCACAACUACCAUCAUCAGCCAGCUCCAGCCCCAGCACCAGUAGCUCCUGCUCCUCAGUACAACAACUACCAACACCAACAAGCUCAGCCAGCUCCCCGACAGGACUGGGCCACUACCGAGGCUCCACACCGAUUCUACCCACCAGGCAAGCUGCAGCUGAACAGAACCCCGGACGGUUUCAGCUACUCCUUCAACAAGGUCUAAGUCAAAGAUUCUGAGAGUGCUUGAGUAUGAGUAUGUGACCGAAUGUGUGCGAGAGAAUGUGUCAAGUUGCAGAUCCCGCAGCGGAAUCCCUUUCUCCCCCACAACUUUGGAUCCCUUCAGAAUCCCUGCCCACGGCCUCGGGUCGUGAGUAGAACCAAAACCCGCGCGUAUUCUGUAUUUGUUUAAGUAGUCGAGUAAGAGUUACUGCCUGUUGUGAUAUAAGUACGUAGGAGAGACCUAAUGGAUUGCCUAUCUCAGUUAGAUCUUAUUUAAUGAUCCUUUUUUCAAUUCCAAUUUUCACUUAACCAAACCAACUAUCUGGAACACUUUGAUUGUAUAAACCAACAUCGUAUCGAAAAAAUAUGAAUGAAAAAACAAUUUAAACACAUGA